AAUAGAAUAAAAGUAAAAGUGCCCUUUCCUUGGCCAGAGGUACCAAUUUGACUCAGGGGUGCGGCAUGAUGGUGGUGGGUAUAGGCACCGCACUAGCAAUCUCCUCCCUCCUGUUCCUGCUGCUCUUUGCUGGGAUGCAGAUGUACAGCCAUCAGCUGGCAUCCACCGAGUGGCUUAUCAUCCAGGGCGCACUGCUUGGCUCAGGUCUCUUCGUGUUCUCCCUCACUGCAUUCAAGGUUCUGGAGAAUCUUAUCUUUGGCAAAGGAUCCCAAGUAAAGGUCUUCUCUGAGAUGCUCCUGUGCCUCCUGUUGGCUGUCUUUGCGUCUGGCCUCAUCCACCGAGUCUGCUUCAUCUUCUCCAUGGUUGGUCUGUACUACAUCAAGACCUCCUCCACUGUGUACCAGCCAGCAGCUCCAUUCCUCACGCCAGCCAAGGUCACAGGAGGAGCAAGAAGAGAAAUUGACCCUGAAUGUUUAAUAAAGUUGAUUUUUUGGAAAAAGAAAAAAAAAAAGUGUGGUGGGAUUUCAGUCUUUUCUGCUCUCUGGUUUGGUGCCCAACACACAUCUUCGUUGCCUCUGGGUGACAUGGUGCUACACGUUUGUGCCUUUCCUGUCUCCUUCCUCGUCUUCUUCCUGGAGGAAGGUGCUACCAGCCGACGCCUCUUUGACUCCAAGUUUGUGUCUUGGCUCCAGAUACCCCGGACUCUCACCUCCUUCACUCUUUGUGGAGAAGACAAACUUCCAGUGGAGCCUGUGUGA